GAGAGCAUCUACAGAGCGAGCACAGCGGGUGUGCAUCUCUCACACGGAUUUACUCUCUUCUGCGGGAUUUACUUCGUCCUCAGUGUGCGCACCAUCUUUUAUAGGAAAAGAGACUACUAAAUAUAGCCAUUGCUUUUAAACGACCAGCCGAAGCUGGGAACUUUUAAGACCCCGGUGUGAUGGAUGGCUUUUACGACCAGCAAGUACCAUUCAUGGUUCCAAGCACUAAAUCAUCUCAGUUGGAAGAACCCUACAACAGACCUGUCAAUGACAGGAAGAGAAAGUUUGUAGACACUGAACUCGCUCAGGACACUGAAGAACUCUUCCAGGACCUCAGUCAGCUGCAGGAAAUCUGGAUUGCUGAAGCCCAGGUGCCUGAUGAUGAACAGUUUGUUCCAGAUUUCCAGUCAGACAGCUUGAUGUUUCAUGGCCCUCCACCAACCAAGAUUAAACGAGAACUGAGCCCAUCCAAAGAGCUCUCCCCCUGUAACGAGGACAGGAGUCCCAUGCUGUAUGAAGAGAAGUGCCUUUAUAAUUACAGUGCCUAUGAACGAAAGCAUCCAGUUGGGUUUAAGCCAUUGACUCCCCCUUCAACGCCUGUCUCACCAUGCAUCUCUGCCACCACACACCCCAUGCACAAACAGACUCCUCCUCUCCUCCACAAUCCUGCAAUAGGUCAGCGCACCAUUCAUGGGCAGCCUGGAAUGACCAACUCCAACCUCAAUCAGAGGGCCAUCCCAUUACCCAGCCAGACUCCACCUUUUGCAGUGCCGUGUCCCCCUCUAAACCACAACACCCCCUUUAACAAUGAACACAGGUUUCAGCGCCAACUCUCAGAACCCUGUUUGCCAUUUCCUCCCUCUGAAAGUCAGGCAAAGCCAAACUUUAUUUCCCAAGCACCAGGCACUUCACCCAGAGAUGGGCGACCUCCAUAUCAUCGGCAAAUGUCAGAGCCAUUGGUUCCUGUUCAUCAUCAAGGGUUUAAACAGGAGGUGUUGGACUCUCGUUACCCUGAGCAGAGUGCCCCCAACAUGGCUUCACCCCAGGCUUCCUUCCACCCAAUGGCCAUCAAGCAAGAGCCCAGAGACUUCUGCUUUGAUUCCGAGGUGCCGAACUGUCAGUCUUCAUUUGGAAGGGGAACUAGCUUUUACCCAAACCAAGAAAAUUUUCCAUUUGAUCGUGAUCAACACUCUUAUUAUGAUGACACGUGUGUGGUUCCUGAGCGACUUGAAGGGAAGGUAAAGCAGGAGCCCUCUGUAUACCGUGAUGGCUUACCUUACCAGCGACGUGGCUCUCUUCAGCUCUGGCAGUUUCUGGUCACACUUCUAGAUGAUCCUGCCAACGGUCAUUUUAUCGCGUGGACAGGACGUGGAAUGGAAUUCAAGCUUAUCGAACCAGAAGAGGUGGCUCGACGUUGGGGACUUCAGAAAAACAGACCAGCCAUGAAUUAUGACAAGUUGAGUCGAUCACUGCGCUACUACUAUGAAAAGGGCAUUAUGCAGAAGGUUGCUGGUGAGCGGUACGUAUACAAGUUUGUAUGCGACCCUGAGGCACUGUUCUCCAUGGCCUUUCCAGACAACCAAAGGCCAAAUCUUAAGGCUGAUACCGAUGGCCUGCCAGGGGUGGAUGAUGACACGCUACCUUUUACUCAUUUUGACGAAGGAACCCCCUACCUGGUAGACGGGGGAGAGCAAUGCGUCUCUGGGAUGCCUUUUCCCAACGGCUAUGCGUACUGACCUAAAACCCCAACCCAGAACCUGAACCGCUAAGCAGACUGGAGCAUGUCUGUCCCCACUGCCUCAAUUUAUUCUACCCUGUUGUACAUUUACAGAUUAGCCCUCCCCCUAAAAAUAAUUAAAUUAAAUGGAGUGAGGAGAGAUCUGCAAACCAUCGUACUUUUUGGUUAAGCUCAAGAGAAUGAGUCAAGGAAGUGAGGGAAAUCUGGACUCUUGUGGCUUGACGGGCUUAGUUGCAGGGUUUGGCUGCCAUAGAAGAUUUUUUUUUCUCUGGUGAGUUGUGCUGAAGGACUGUUGGUCUCUUUGCAGACUAAACGAACUGUAGCAAUUCUGUUUUGACAAUCUGUUUUUUUUUUUAAGUAACAAAAUGUUAAGAGAUGCCCUAACGAAAUACAAACAAACAGCACUAUUUAAUAGCAGCGUAUUUUGGUAGUAAAAGUUUUGUUACUUUAAAAUGAUCUAAAUCUUUGAGAAAUGCAAAAGGGCUUUGUUUUGCAAUGUAAAAAAGACCCAGGAUUGUGGGGUUUUGUUAGUUGUUUUUUUUUAACCAACAUUUUGAUUCGGUUCAGUUCAGAACUGCUUCAAACAUGUAGUAUUUCAACAAAACAUGCUUAAUUUCAUAGAAGCUUAAGUGUUAUUAAGUUGUUUUGUACAACCUAUCAUUACUGGAAAACUCAACAAAAAAGUCGAUCAGUAAUGAAACCACCAGCGCUCCUAAGGACACUCGGUCAAAUUACAGCGACUGGUAACCCACAACUGCAUAUGCAUUGUCAAGCCCUGAGAAGCUUAAAUUGUUACGAUGUGUUGUGAUAAAAUGCAAACACUUCAGACAAUACUCAAAGGAUGCACUAGAAAGACUUUGUUAGUGUUACAACCUCUGACUGCAUAAAUUGUAUUUAGGAGUCAAUGUUUUAUUAUUGUUUUGUAAGAGCUUCAUUUCCUUUGGCACUGUUGUAAUUUUAAAAUGCACCAAGAUAAGCCAGGACCUUGCAUGCAAUACCAUAAAUUGUGCAGCUUUUCUUUACUGCAGAAUGAAAGUUGAUUAAAGACCACUGCUUUUGUUGCAUGGUGUACUCAACUGGCAAAUGUCCACUAACAUAUUGCUUUAUUUUGGACAAUGAUGAAAGGAAGUUCUCUGAUUUCUUUUGUUGCAUUUUUGGGAGAAAUGAACUUAUAUAAAUAUAUAUUUUUGCAAAGUCUGCAUUGGUUUGAUUUGUAUCAGCUGUAUAGUACUGCCUAAAAUGUUAUGUUUUUAAUUUCUGAUACCCAUGAUAGUCAUGCACUCCUUUUCUUUUGGAUUGAAGUUUUCCCAAACCUGUCUUUUUCUAGGUUUCUCUGCUCAGUUGUGCAGGUACACUGUCUUGUUUCAAAUUUUCAUUUUUUUAUUAACCUGCUCUAAACCUACAUGAUUUUGUUUGUAGAUUGCUUAAUAUUGAGCUCAAAAUCAGGUGUGUUGGGAGCUGGGAAUGGUUUUAACUAUCUGGUAGUGGGUCUGCAGGACUGGAGUUGAGAAACAAUGGCCUAGACGGUCCACAUUUUCUGCUUUCUUAUAGUUCCAAACUCACCUAAACGAGGUAUUCAGUAUUCUUGGCUGCUGGGUAUGAAAUGAAAUGGGGCCAGGUUUGGGAAAUGCUUUCAUAUUUUUCCUCAUUAAGCAACAGAUUUCUAUGAUUUAAAUAGUACCACCAAAACGGGGGUUUGUUUAAUUAAAACCCCACCAUCAAAAGAGGAAUCUGCAUGUGUAUAAAGUCUUCACAGUGUAUACCUUUAGUUUAAAAUCUGUACUGGGUACAAUAAACUGUCCUUUCUGCUUCA